CAGAAAGGCCUAAAGAAUGUGUUUGAUGAGGCGAUAUUGGCUGCAUUGGAGCCCCCAGAGCCCAAGAAGAAACGCAAAUGUGUGCUGCUAUGAGAGGCUCCUCCCUUUUUCAAAGCACACACACACAUGACACAUACACACAUCUUAAAUACACACACACACAUACACCCCGCCCUCCAUAGAGAAGACUAAGAAGUGAAACCGCCCACAGUUCAGAUCAUUCUCUGCAAUAAAAGGAAGAAGCAGGAGGACUUAGUCUCAGGCGGGGAUCCAGAUGUCGAGCUUACACACAAGUAGAAUCCAUUCUGUGGAGCUUUUGAUAGAUUUCGAUGCAGCCAGGUCAACUUUUAGAUGUCCAAGUCAUUUAGAUGUCUUCAGCCAAUGUAAAGGGUUUCAUGGAUAUAUAAAAAAAGCCCCGCCCCCAGCCCAUCCCAGCUGUCUGAUUGGUUGCUGUUGGUCCCGCCUCCCUACCAGAAGAAAUGCUAACAAAGUAGUGUUUUGUUUGCCAACACCCUCCUUUUUUCUCACCCUCAAACACACAAGAUAUUUAUUCCAUGUUCUGGAUAGACUCGCUCUUAACCACUAAGGAAAAAAUGCGACAGCAAUACGGCUAAAAACUCCACAUCCAGAAACUUUUUAAACGAUAGUAACAUAUUGCCAUUUUAGUAUCCAGUUCUCUUUAGUGGCGGUUUUUUCAAGGAGUGCGGUAAUCACGUGAAGAGCUUAAAAGGCGUCCGGUAGAAAUGGUUCCACUAAAGGAAUUGGCCUUUUAGGUGCAGGGAACUCAAACAGUGUUAGCAGAACAAAGCGGUGUUCUUCGUGCGAUGCCAGGGACCAAAGGAGGGGUCGUCAUCCAUCUACACUUACAGCGGGUUCAGGAGAGACAGACGUGAAAUCAGGAGAUCCAGAGAAAAUGAAACGGUGUCCUCUCUCUUGUUCCCGCUCAAACUGUACGUGGCUCUGGUCUCUGUUUCUACAUGCUACUUUUAACAGAUGUAAUUAUAAUGUAAAAUGGCACACAAUGUUGAUGUAGGUGUUUUUACCAAAAUAUGUUUUUUUUCUUCAUUAUUUUCCGUUUGUGCUGUUUUAUUUUUUAUUUUAUAUAUAUAAAUAUAUAAAAACAAAAAAGGUUACUUUCACUCCUUUUACAUUUUUAGGGGUCAUCUGAACUCUUACCUGCCAGGUAAUACCAAGAACACGCUCUGAUUGGUUAUACACAAAAAAUAACCUCCAAUGGCAGAAAGACUGUUUGUGAUUGGUUGGCCCUUGUUUUUCUUUAACUGGUGGCUUAGAGUUGGGUUCAUUUCCAGCCCAAAGUCAGUAUAAUUAUUAUAACCUGUUGUUGUUUUGGUGCAAAAACCAAAUGCUCUGUCUAAAGUCUUUGUUCUUUGUAUAUGCAUUCUUUAAAAAAAUAUUAAACUUAUACCUUAAUUGCCUUUA